GCGCUUUCGCGGCUGUGCAUCGCGCUCACGAGUCUCCUGCUGGAUAAGCCCCCCCCCUCCCUACCUAUCGCUACUUACCCGCGCUCGGCCGAGUGACAGCCCGCAGAAGCCGGUGCGCAGGAGUGGGUCCGAGGAGCAAAAGCAGAGGAAGAAAAAAAGGAAGAAUGAGCCUGAUGUACCGGGAGCGGGAGAGCGUGUCGUUCGCGUCGCAGGUGCCGAGCGACGAGGAGGAUGUGCGGGGCUCGAGGUGAAGCGUCGCCAGCCGGCGGAGAAGCGGCGGCAUCCCGACGCCGCCGCCAGCAGCAGUCAGCCUGGAGCACCGGGGGGCUGAUCUUCUGUUCUCGACGCCGGCCAAGGCCAUCGGCGGCCCGGCCAAGGUCGCCUCGGUCACCGAGGCCUUCGAGCAACAACAGCAGAGGCCGGCCAGCUGCCACGACCGCUCCCACCAUGACAAGUUCGCCAGCCUGUCCAACACCGCCAUGUCCUGGGACUCCAUCAGCUCCAAGGACUACAUCGGGCACCAGCUGUCGGCGACCGCGCUGCUGGGCAGCCCGGACGGCUCGAGGCACCCGAUCGACGUGUACGAGUUCUCGGAGGAGGACUACCGCAGGCAGUUCGACCACGGCUACGACAACGGGGGCAGCUUCAGCCUCGGGGUCUGGGAGUGCCUCAAGGGCUGCCGGCACCGGAUAGACCAGCACCUCGCCAGGCGGAAGCCCCGCCUCUUCCAGCCGGAGAAAUUGAUCCGUCCGCCGCUGGAAUUCGGUCAAACGUGGAAAAGCUAA